CCCCACCAUCGAACUGCCCCUCCUAAGCUUCGACGCACUCUAUCACCACAGCCUCCACCAAAGCUCAAUCCGCAAUGUCUACCCAGACUUCUCUACGCGUGGGCUACGUCCCCGAGCACUUCUCGACGCCGCUGCACUUCGCCCAAACGCACGGUUUCUUCACCAGCCGCUCUCUCAAUGUCGAUCUCCUGCCCUACCCCUCCGGUACCGGCGCGAUGAUCAAAUCCCUCGAGUCGGGAGAGCUCGACCUAGCGAUCGGGCUGACCGAGGGCUGGAUCGCCUCGCUCGGCAAUGGGCAGAGCGCCUUCCGUCUCGCGGGCAAGUACGUCGACACGCCGCUGUGCUGGGCGAUAUCGACCGGGGGCGAGCGCGCAGAAAUGGCCUCUGCCAGCGAUCUGCAGGGAAAGAAGAAGCUCGGCAUCAGUAGGUUCGGCAGCGGCAGCUAUGUCAUGGGAUAUGUGCUGGCGGACCAGAACGGCUGGUUGAAGCCGGGCGAGGAGCCGUUUGACUGGGUCGUGUUGGAUAACUUCAAGAACCUGCGCGACGCGGUGAAUCAUAAGGAGGGGAAGGAGGCGGAUGCGUUCAUGUGGGAACAUUUCACGAGCAAGAAAUACUAUGAUACCCAGGAAAUUCGAAGGAUCGGCGAGAUCUACACGCCGUGGCCGUCCUGGCAUAUUGUAGCGCACUCCUCGCAGAAGACAGAGGCUGUGGCUGCGUUUGCCGAGGCUGUCAACGAGGGUGUGAAGUAUUUCAAUGAGCACCUGGCUGAGGCAGUAAAGUGGAUCGCGGGUAAUCUGGAUUACUCGGAGGAGGAUGCGAGGGAGUGGUUGAAGACGGUCAAGUUUUCCAAGGAUUGUGGGGUUGUUGAGAAGGAGGUUGUCGAAAAGACCCUAGGCAUUCUGAAGAAGGCGGGUGUGGUGAAAGGGGAUCAGGUCCAGGUGGCGGAUAUGGUUCUGGAUUUGAAGAAGGCUUGAGUUGACGAUGAAGGUUCUGGACUAAUGGUCGAGUUUCACAUCAUGAUUGGGUCUAAUUUCGCAUGUACUUUCAUUCCGUGACGAAACAAAGAAGGAAUGCAUCAAACAAAUAUCCCAAUUAUCCAGACUA